AUGAACUCCCAACGGUCAGAAGAAUCCGUGAGGGGGGACAAGGAAAAGGUCGAGGAGGUCAACGCAGCCAACAUUCAACCUUUAAACCUUCAGCUCGAUACCGGCAAUGAGUAUACCAACUUUCGUCAUAAAUGCUGGCAGUUGUGGUUACCUAAGGACCCACCACCUCCAGCGCCUUCGUCUCUGGAGGAUGCAGCGCUGACGCCUUUGGUCAAUGCUUCUAUUUUCUCUCGGCUCACCUACUCCUGGGUCACUGAUAUAAUAAUUCUCGGAUAUCAACGCACAUUACAAGCAUCUGAUCUAUACAAAAUGGACCCAUCCCGAGAGUCGACCGUCCUUGCCGCUAAACUUGAAGCUGCAUGGCAACGGCGUGUCAAGGCAGCAGCCGACUGGAAUGCACAACUUAAGAACGGAAAACUCAAACCAUCUCUCUUCAAACGUAUCGUCUGGACCAUGCAUGCAAUUCCAAGGAAUGAUAAAAAACAAGGCGCGACUUUGUCUGAGCGAUAUGCAGCGUUUCACAACCAUUGGCGAGAAUGCGGGGGGCGGAAAGAGGCCAGCCUUACUUGGGCUUUGAAUGAUGUCUUUUGUGGUAUGUUCUGGAUUGGAGGUAUAUUCAAGGCAUGGGUCGUCGCUGACACGGCACAACUCAUGGUUCCUAUCGUCCUUCGGCACAUCAUCAUCUUUGCGCAGGAACGUUCCGCUGCGACCAUUGCAGGAACACCUGCCCCUAAUGUCGACCGCGGUAUUGCCAUGGCUCUUGGGCUCUUUGCGCUAACUAUGGUGUGCAGAGUCUGCUCCCACCAGUUUUUUUGGCAUUCAAUGACAACAGGCGUACUGGCUAGAGCCGCGCUGAUAUCAUGCAUCUACGAGCGUGGUGUGAAUCUCACGGGCAAAGCGCGCAUCAAACUCAACAACGCCACACUUAUUAACCAUAUUUCUACCGACGUGAGCAGGAUUGACGCGUGUGCGCAGUGGUUUGUGAGCUGGACCGCGCCUAUUCAGGUCACAGUUUGUUUAAUCAUUCUUUUAACUGAGCUCGGGCCGUCUGCACUCGCUGGUUUCUCGCUAUUUGUCCUCAUGAUGCCGAUUCAACAGCGGUUAAUGGCAGUGCAGCGCCGUAUUCGCUCAGUAUCGAUGAAAUGGACUGAUCAACGAGCCAAAGUUCUGCUAGAGGUACUCGGAGCUAUACGAGUUGUCAAAUACUUCACAUAUGAAGUUCCUUUCCUUCAAAAAAUCUUCGACCUUCGAAAGAAGGAACUGCAUGGUAUUCGAAGGAUUCUUCAUGUAACUUCGGGGAACUUGGCCCUCGCGGCUUCGAUGCCAGUCCUCGCUGCCACACUAGCUUUCGUCACAUACACCCUGACAGCACACAACUUCAACAUUGCUGUCAUAUUCAGUUCGUUCAGUUUAUUCCAGCUUCUCCGGCAACCAAUGAUGUUCAUGCCUCGCGCUCUAUCGGCUAUCCCCGAUGCGUCCAGCGCGAUUCAGCGGCUCACACACGUGUUCCGCGCGGAACUUAUUUCUGAAGAUACACUCGUGAUUGACAAGGAUCAAGAACCCGCGCUUCUGAUAAAGGACGCGACAUUUGAGUGGGAGUCGUAUAUAAAGGAUUCUGGUGAGGCUUUCAGCUCGAAGGGUGCACACGGCGGCGGUCCGCCGAGGGGCAAGGACAGAAGUGUGAAGGAGGACACGACAAAGGAAAAGCCCGCUCUUGGAAAGGAUACACCUAUUUUUCAGGUAAAGAAUGUGACCAUGACCAUUCCGCGAGGUCAGCUUGUUGCUGUAGUUGGGCCUGUCGGGAGCGGCAAGUCCAGUUUAUUGCAAGGACUGUUAGGUGAGAUGAGGAAGGUCUCUGGGCAUGUUUCGUUUGGCGGUCGCGUUGGUUAUUGUCCACAGACCGCGUGGAUUCAGAAUGCUACGUUGCGUGAUAAUAUUACUUUUGGCCAUCCGUUCGAGGAGGACAGAUAUUGGCGCAUUAUUGAGACCGCUUGUCUACUUCCAGACCUCCAACUCCUCCCAGAUGGAGAUUUAACUGAGAUUGGCGAAAAGGGAAUCAAUCUCAGCGGAGGCCAGAAGCAGAGAGUCAACAUUGCUCGUGCUCUGUACUUUGAACCUGAAAUCGUUAUAUUUGAUGACCCGCUCUCGGCAGUGGAUGCUAAUGUUGGAAAGUCCUUAUUCCAAGAUGCCAUCGUGGGUGCGCUGCGAAAUCGUGGCGUUACUGUCAUUCUGGUCACGCAUGCGAUCCAUUUCCUCUCUCAAGUAGAUUAUAUCUAUACCAUGAACAACGGCAUCAUCACGGAGAGUGGAACUUAUGAGGAUCUGGUCUCUCGCGGUGGUGAUUUUGCACGUUUCGACCUAGAGUUCGGUGGCCAUGCGUCGGAGGGGGAAGAUGAAACCCAGGAAGAGGAAGUCACUCCGCAGACACGCAUUACCAUCGAGGAUGUGAAGUUGAAGUCAAAAAGAGCCAAAAAGAAGGCUACUGGCAGUGGUAAAUUUGAAGGUCGCUUGAUCGUCAAAGAGAAGCGGUCGACAGGCUCCGUGUCCUGGAAAGUGUACUGGACCUACUUUGUUGCGGGACGCGGUUCGAUAACAGGUCCCAUACUCCUUCUCAUCAUGCUUGCGAUGCAGGGGUGCCUGAUCUUGAACUCGUAUACGCUAGUUUGGUGGGAGACCAACAAAUUCAACCGACCAAACUCGUUCUAUCAGACGCUGUACGGCUGUCUAGGGACUGGUCAAGCGUUUUUCACAUUCUUGCUUGGUGCUGGAAUGGAUUUCAUGUCCUAUUAUGUGUCUCAAAGUCUGCACCACAAGUCCGUACGCAACGUCGUUCAUGCAUCCAUGUCCUUUUUCGAUACUACACCUAUGGGCCGAAUCCUAAGUAUCUUUGGAAAAGAUAUCGACAGUAUUGACAAUCAACUACCACUUAUCAUUACGCUGUCCAGCGCGAUGGGCUCUAUUAUCAUCAUUUCUGUCCUUGAACCGUACUUUGUUAUUGCUAUGUUUUUCAUCGUUCUCGGUUACAGCUACUUUACUGCCUUUUAUCGAGCUGGUGCUCGUGAAGUCAAGCGCCUGGAUUCAAUGCUUCGCUCUCUUCUGUAUGCCCACUUUUCGGAGACCUUGACAGGACUUCCUACAAUCCGAAGCUACGGAGAAAUGAAACGUUUUAUUGCUGCCAAUAGAUACUACAUUGAUUUGGAAGAUAGAGCACUAUUCCUCGUGGUUACGAACCAGAGGCAAGUAACCUUAUACACAUGGCUUGCAAUAAGGUUGGACUUCAUGGGAGCCAUAUUAAUCUUCAUUGUCACUCUUCUCGUAGUGAUCGACGUCUCCGGGAUAAACGCCGCUCAGAUAGGGUUGGUACUGUCGUAUACCACCUCGCUGUCACAAAUGUGUGGCCUGUUAACCAGACAAACAGCAGACGUCGAGAAUCACAUGAAUGCAGUGGAGCGAGUGGCACAGUACGUUGCAGGCGACACGAUACCUCAAGAGGCUCCGUAUGAACUCGAAGAACAAAAGCCCCCGGCGCAAUGGCCUGAACAUGGCACCAUCGAAUUCAGCCACGUUAAAAUGGCAUAUAGGCCGGGCCUUCCCAACGUAUUGAGAGGUAUCUCCAUCAAGAUUAGGGGAGGCGAAAAGAUAGGCGUUGUUGGAAGGACUGGUGCUGGCAAAUCUUCGUUGAUGCUUGCACUGUUUCGGAUUGUUGAGAUGUCUGGUGGUUCAAUUACUAUUGAUGGUAUCGAUAUAUCUACAAUUGGUCUCCAAGAUCUCCGUUCCAAGAUUUCUAUCAUCCCACAAGAUCCCAUUCUAUUUAGCGGGACCAUACGCUCCAACCUAGAUCCAUUCUCGCAAUACAGUGACACGGAGCUAUGGGAUGCACUGCGUCGAUCUUGUCUGCUUGAUUUCAGCACCACUUCGAAACAGUCAUUUUCCAGUGAUGGCGUCGGAAGCGAGCAAGCUCCCACCAACCGCCACCACCUUGACAGUACCAUUGAGAGCGAGGGAGCGAACCUCAGUGUUGGGGAGAGAUCUCUGCUCAGUCUAGCUCGUGCGCUGGUGAAAGACUGCAAAGUCGUUGUGCUUGAUGAGGCCACGGCCUCUGUCGAUCUUGAUACUGAUAGUAAGAUCCAGCACACUAUCCAAACGGAAUUCCAGGAUCGGACGCUACUUUGCAUUGCCCACCGACUUCGUACUAUCAUUUCAUAUGACCGGAUUCUGGUCCUUGACGCCGGCCUUGUUGCUGAAUUUGAUACUCCAUCCAAUCUUUUCAAAACCGAGGGUGGGCUUUUCCGCCAAAUGUGCGAGAGGAGCAACAUCUCGUUGAAAGAUAUACUAGAGUCGAGUAGACAGGUUUAA